AUGGGUAUCCAAACGCUACACCCGGAUGUCCCAAAAGGACACCACCAACAUGGGUCAGGUGUCCACGAGGUCAGGCUUCGUCUGCCGCUGGGUGAGAGCCACUUCAAGGAGGGCCAGGUACGGCUCACCUGCUCAGCGUCCUUCCGUAACUUCUACAACCAGAGCUCUGACAUCAUGCUCAAUCGACUGGGUUUCAAGACGGUCGCCCCAUCCCAGAAGCUCUAUGGGACAGGUUCGACGAUGGAGGUCAACGUGGUGAUGCUGGUCCUGGCAUUCAUGGUGACCGCCUCCCUGCUGGUGAUGUAGUGGUGACCGCGUUGUGCACGAGCGUUCAAGCGCGCCAGAGACCGGCGUUCAGUGCCGCCUGAACACGACGUCCAAGACCAUCAAGACGACGCGUUCAGUGGCAUUCGAGGCGAGUGUUUAGUGCCACCUGAACACGGCGCUCAGUGGCACAACCUAAAGACGUUCACUCCCAGCAGGACCAACCAACCCGACCCAGCGUUCAGUGACAUCACCCCAGGAACACCAGUGGCACCAGAAGUUCAGUGGCACUAUGAACAAGCGUUUACUGGAAUUGUUCCUGGGAGUUCGUUGGCACCAGUAACGGGCGUUCAGUGGCACCAAGAACAAACGUUCACUGGCAGCACACCAGGACGAUCAGUGUCACCAAUAAGACCCAGCGAUCAGUGGCAUCAAGAGCAGGCGUUCAGUGGCACCUUAAACCAGCGUUCAGAAUUACUACAACCUGGAGUACAGUGGCACCUUAGUGGCGUCACUCCGGGGAGUUCAGUGCACGGUGUUCAGUGUCCCUAUGGUGAACAAUACAGUGGCAUCACCCCAGGGCGUUCACUGGUGCUCCCAGAUAUCAGUGUUCAAUACCAUAAGGUCACGUAGUUCAGAUUGACCUGUUCUCAACGUUCACCCAACACUCAGUUCAAUGGGAUACACAGAGUUCAACGACUGCAGUGAAACACCAGUGAUAAUCUCAGCUUCCAGUGACACUUGCGUUCAGUGUUAAACAGAACCCAGAGCUCAGUGUAACCAUGACGCAUCGUUCACAGUGUUGCGUUUAGUACCGAAUAACAACCAGCAGCAAUCAGUGUGGUACAGAGUUCACCAAU